UAUUGAUCAGAAAAGGAUGAAAAUUAUUUUCAUCUUCAAACUAGCAUGACAAUAAUAACAAUAAUUACGGUUAAAAAAAUUUCCGAUAAUCGAAAGUACAAAUUCGAGAAAAACCAUUUACUUGAAACAUAUUACAAAAAUGUUUACAAAAUUGGUCUUUAACGUCACAGCAGCACUGCACAUGUAAUUGUGCGAUCAUCAUUAUUAUUAUUAUUAUUAUUAUUGAUAUUGCUGUUGUUGUUAGUGGUGUGGAACACGUUUUGUACACGAACUCAAACGAUUUUUGAUCUUUUCACGUUAAUUUUUAUUUUGUGUUUUUCUCUCCCAGUUUCUCAUAUAUUCCAUUCCAUUUCCAUCUCUCUCUCGCUCUCUUACUCUCAAAGUAAAAAAUCAUCAUCUUCCUUUCAUACUUUAGUAUCCAUCCUUGUUUUUCUUGCUAAAAAAAAAAUCAGGGUAAAGACUGCAUAUAUAACAUUGCAUUUGUAAUAUACGUCUACUUGCUAAUGCAGACAUUUAGAUUUUUUAUACUCUAGCAAAAUCAAAAAAUACACGAAGCAAAUCGAUUACCGUGACUGCAAUUUGUGUAUCGUCGAUUCAAGGAGUACAGAAUAUUACAAUAUCUUGAAUCUACUGUGGAUAUACCCAUGUACAAAUAUAUGAAUGGAUAUUUUUUAUCACUGGGUUUCAUUCUUUCGAUCUGUAAAACGACUGCGCAGCCCCGAGGGGGAGCAGGAUAACUCCGAGGUCAAGGUACGGGCGGUGGACAGUCCUUUUACGCCGUCAAGUUUCUCCCCAAAAGUAACGACGCCAAGCAGACAUGCCAUAACGCCAUCAGCCAAUCGAGGGAAGAUAUUGUUGAAAUUUGGCUCGGAUCCUGAGAGCUGGAAGAACGACGAGAACGGCAGACGCAAAGUAAAAGUUAAGAAGAGCGAGGACCAGCCACACGUGCCCUCGAAAGCCUUGUACAUGUACGAAAAGCUCCUCAGUAAAGCUGAGGCUUUGGACAUUGUCGGUGAGGAACUCGGCUCUGCGAUGUGCAAGACCGUCAACGACAUUGACAAAACGGAAAUCGAACCGGUUGGCGUUUACUCGAGGAGUCAAUACCAGAUACAGAGCUACGGUAGAAUUUGUUGCGACUCUGAGGGGAAGUUGAACACCGCUUCCAUCAUGCUUGAGGGAACCAAGCACUUGUCAUCCGGGGUCAGGGUCAAGUUGGACCUUGGAAAGCUGGAUCAGUACUCCGUAUUUCCAGGGCAAAUCGUCUCUGUUAAGGGUGUGAAUCCAACUGGACAUUCGCUCGUUGUCAAGAACCUCUUUUUCGAAUCGCCUGCGCCUCCUUCGGCCUCGCCAAAACUAGCUGGUGGCAGUGAUCUCCGGAUAGUUGUUGCCGCAGGCCCCUUCACUCAGUCGGAUAAUCUCGCCUAUGAACCUCUUCUAGAACUGAUUGAUUAUGUCGCUGAAAAUCAACCCCAUGUUCUCAUCCUAGUCGGACCUUUCGUCGAGUUCAGUCAUACGGAGAUUCAAAAAUGUGAGAUGGCGCUAACUUUCGAUGACUUUUUCGAACAGUGCAUUGGAAAUAUCAUGCGCAGACUCAAAGACACGUGUACUCAGGUGAUCUUGGUAUCGUCUAACCGCGACGUUCACCACGAGCCGAUCUUUCCGACACCGGAAUUCAGGCUCAAACAGACAUAUCCGAAUCUGCAUUUGAUGCCGGACCCUUGCAUGAUCGAUAUUGAAGGUGUAAUAAUCGGAACCACUUCGGUCGACUCUCUGAUGCAUUUAGGACGCGAGGAAAUCAGCUUCAACUCCACGAGGUUCGACAGACUGACGCGUUUGGCGACUCAUCUUCUGGCCCAGAAGUGCUUUUAUCCUUUGGUGCCGCCAUCUGAGGAGGUCAACGUUGACACGGACCUGUGGGAGAAAUACGCGUUCAUGCAUCAGCAGCCCCACAUUUUGAUUUUACCGUCCAGCUUGCGAUACUUUUGCAACAAAAUAUACGACUGCGUCGCCGUAAACCCCGAAAGAUUGGUCAAAGGCUCUUUUGCAAGGCUCAGGGUGACCGUUCCUACAAAAGAUACCGAUUCCUGGAAACCCAGCGAAAACGUGGCUGUACAUAUUCUCAAAAUUUAAGAUAGUGUUGUUAGAUACUUGUUUAUUUCUUAUUUUUAUUACUAUUAUUAAACAGCGUCAACUUCCAGCCGUUUCU